GUUGUUCCCACGCGCGAUCCUCAACGCUAACGCUGAUGAGCACAGCAGCAGGCGGCGCCCCACAAAGCUCAGUACUAUCCAGGGUUCGGUAUUCAGUAUCCGCCCUAAUAUAAGGACUCCUUUUUCCCACCGCCAUUCCCUCCGCUUAAAGUACAGCUAGUAUAAGCCAUACAAGAACAAACUCAGUCCUCGCUAUGCCAUCCUAUACCACAGAGCAAGUCGCAACCCACACGUCCGAGAAGGACAUCUGGAUCAUCGUUCACGGCAAAGUCUACGAUGUCACCAACUUCCUAUCCGAUCACCCCGGAGGGAAGAAAAUCAUUCUGAAGGUCGCAGGAAAGGACGCCUCGAAGCAGUUUGACCAGUUUCACAACAAGGCUAUUAUGGACAAGUAUGGCCCAAAGCUCUAUAUCGGCGACGUUGGAGACGGCUUGUCGGCUCCGUCGAGCGACGCUCCUGCUGCGGAGGAGCCUUUGGAAGGCUUGGAAGAGGGUGAUGCGUUCGGCGAGGGCGUGCCAUUCGGUGACCCCAGCUGGUACCAGGACUGGGGAUCCCCGUACUACAACGAGAGUCACAGGAGAGUACGGGCGGCAAUGAGACAGUUCGUUGAGAAGGAGAUCAUGCCUUUCUGCCACGAAUGGGAUGAGGCGAAACGCAUUCCCAAAGAGCUCUUCAUCAAAGCAGCGAAGGCGGGUAUUUUGCAAGGAAUUGCCGGUUCUCCUUGGCCCACAAAGUACGCGGAGCGAGGACCCAUUGGCGACGUGAAGCCCGAAGAAUUCGACUCUUUCCACGAAUUCAUCAUCUGCGAUGAGCUUUCCCGCUGUGGGUCUGGUGGUGUCCUCUGGGGACUGAUCGGUGGGCUUGGCAUUGGAUUGCCUCCUGUUGUGCACUUCGGUUCGGAUUACCUCAAGAACAAGGUUGUCCCCGAUUGCCUGGCUGGCCGCAAAAACAUCUGCUUGGCUAUCACCGAGCCGGCUGCAGGUUCCGACGUUGCCAACCUGACGUGCACCGCGAAGAAGACUGCUGACGGAAAGCACUACAUUUUGAACGGUGAGAAGAAGUGGAUCACAAACGGCACCUUCGCGGACUACUUCACCGUUGCUUGUCGUACCGGCGGUGAGGGCAUGAAUGGAGUCUCGCUCCUUCUCGUUGAGCGUGACAUGCCCGGCGUUACCACCAGGCAGAUGCAGUGCAUGGGUGUGUGGGCGUCUGGAACGUCGUACAUCACCUUCGAGGAUGUCAAGGUCCCUGUCGAGAACUUGAUUGGCAAGGAGAACAAGGGUUUCAAGUGCAUCAUGUUCAACUUUAACCACGAGCGCAUGGGAAUCUGUAUCCAGGCAACUCGUUUCGCCCGUGUAUGCGUCGAAGAGUGCAUGAAAUACGCUCACAAGCGACGUACAUUUGGCAAGAAGCUCAUCGACCACCCAGUGAUUCGGAACAAGCUUGGACACAUGGUUCGAAUGGUCGAGGCAACCCACGCUUGGAUGGAGUCACUCAUAUACCAAACCGUCACGAUGCCACAUGACCUCCAAAUGCUAAAGCUUGGCGGACCCAUUGCGUUGCUGAAAGUACAGUCCACCCAGACAAUGGAGUUCUGCGCCCGUGAAGCCGCUCAGAUCUUUGGUGGUUUGUCGUACUCCCGCGGCGGCCAGGGUGAGAAGGUCGAGCGACUGUACCGUGAAGUCAGAGCGUAUGCGAUUCCGGGCGGAAGUGAGGAGAUUAUGAUCGACCUUGGAAUUCGCCAAAGCAUAAAAGUCGCUCAGCUGUCUGGAGCAAAACUCUAGAUGUAGAUUUGACUUGCGCAAUAAUCUAGACAUCCAAUCCCGUGAAAAAAGGCUGCUCUGUAGAUAGGUGUUUGAACCUGCCGAAAUAUUGUACUCCCGUAUGUUGGUAACUAUACAAAAUCCCACAUGUUCUCCCCUGCACGUUGGUCAAUUUGUAGCAGUCUGUAUGGUAGCUAACCAGAAAAGAGUGAGAGAUAGAUGUGUCGGUCAGAAAGAUUUCAUUUGGAUGAAACCACACAUUCCCAGGGGCGAGCGUAAGAAGAUGGACCAACUUCAAGUUUGGAGGUCU